AUGAUUUUGCAAGGAGGCUUGGCGCUUCUCAACCAGCAGUUCACGGCCUUGUUCAGGAAGAACCUGCUGCUAUCAUGGCGGAACAAGAAAGCCACGUGUCUUCAGCUCUUCUCUUCCUUCUUCUUCAUCUUUGUCAUCUUUUGUAUCGAGGAAGCGAUGAAGGCGAGCGAGGCAUCCUCAACGGCGUACAAGAAUGUCACCGAUCCCACGCUUCUGUUUUCGCCGCCGAUCCCUCCUUGUGAGGAUAAGUUCUUUGUGAAGCUUCCUUGCUACGAUUUCGUAUGGAGUGGGAACAGUAGUCGCCGCGUCACUGACAUUGUCUCUGCUAUCAUGGCCAACAAUCCGGGGAGACCAAUUCCUAACGACAAGGUUCAAUCAUUCAAAGGCCCCGAGGAGGUCGAUGCAUGGUUAAUGUCACAUCCUUUGCAAGUCCCAGGAGCUUUGCAUUUUGUGGAAAGGAAUGCUACUGUAAUCAGCUAUGGAGUUCAGACGAAUUCCACGUCGGAGAAAAAACGUGGUCGUGCUGAAGAUCCAACGUUUAAGUUCCUUGUUCCUCUUCAAAUCUCAGCAGAGCGUGAGAUAGCGAGGUCUUUAAUUGGAGAUCCAGGUUUUGGUUGGGGUUUUGGAUUUAAGGAAUUUGCGCGCCCAGCUAAUAAAAGCGAAACCAUCUCUGCACUCAGAAUCAUGGGACCAAUCUUCUUUCUUGCUUUCUCCAUGUUUGGCUUCGUUCUCCAACUCGGUUCUCUGGUUACCGAGAAAGAGCUAAAACUUCGUCAGGCAAUGACAAUGAUGGGAGUUUUUGAUACAGCUUAUUGGUUAUCAUGGCUCACAUGGGAAGGAAUCCUUACCUUCAUCUCCUCACUCUUCCUAGUCCUCUUUGGAAUGAUGUUCCAGUUCGAUUUUUUCUUGAAGAACAGUUUUUUUCUUGUCUUCUUCCUUUUCUUGCUUUUUCAGUUUAAUAUGAUUGGCCUAGCAUUCGUGCUAUCAUCUUUCAUUAGCAAAUCAUCUUCGGCUACAACUGUUGGUUUUCUUGUGUUUCUGAUUGGUUUCAUGACACAGAUUGUUUCAGCUACUGGAUUCCCUUAUUCCAGUGCCUACUCUGCCUCUCGCCGGCUCAUGUGGUCACUCUUUCCACCCAACACUUUUUCUGCUGGCCUUAAGCUUCUUCUUGAUGCAACUUCAUCUCCCGGAAGCUCUGGAAUUAGUUGGAGUCAAAGAUCAGCAUGCGAAGGGGGCAUGGCAACUUGCGUGAUUUCAGUUAACAUUAUCUUCCAGUGGCUCCUCGGGACAUUCCUUUUCUGGUUUGUUCUGGCCAUCUACUUUGACAAUAUUAUUCCCAACGCGUCCGGGGUAAGAAAACCCAUCUUCUACUUCUUAACACCGGGUUAUUGGACUGGCAAAGGGGGCAACAAAGUGGAAGAAGGGAGCAUUUGUAGCUGUAUCGGGUCAGUUCCACCCGUAGAGUAUGUGACGCCGGAGGACCAAGAUGUGCUUGAAGAGGAGACACUGGUUAAACAACAAGCAAUAGAUGGGAUUGUUGACCCUAACAUUGCAGUUCAGAUACAUGGUCUUGCAAAGACAUAUCCCGGAACCACAAAGCUUGGAUGUUGCAAGUGCACCAAAACGUCCCCUUUCCAUGCUGUGAAGUUUGAUAUCCUUUGGGAUGCUUUAUCCAGUGAAGAACACCUCCACCUCUUUGCUAGCAUCAAAGGGUUGCCACCUGGACUGAUCAACUCGACUGCUGAGAAGUUACUGGCGAAUGUAAAACUGACAGGAGCCGCCAAAGUUAGAGCAGGAAGUUAUAGCGGUGGGAUGAAACGCCGACUCAGUGUCGCUGUAGCACUCAUUGGUGAUCCCAAGCUGACAACUGGCAUGGACCCUAUCACGAGGAGACAUGUGUGGGAUAUUAUACAAGAGUCAAAGAAAGGCCGUGCUAUCAUACUAACUACACAUUCUAUGGAGGAAGCUGAUAUUUUAAGUGAUCGAAUAGGGAUCAUGGCUAAGGGCAGGCUCCGCUGCAUUGGGACCUCCAUCAGGUUAAAAUCUCGCUUCGGGACGGGCUUCGUUGCUACUGUUAGCUUCAUCGAUGGCAAAAAGGGUAACAAAAACAAUGUUGGAGAAUCGCACGAGCCCCUGAAGAAAUUCUUUAAAGAGCAUCUGAAAGUUGAGCCAGCUGAAGAAAACAAGGCUUUCAUGACUUUUGUUAUCCCACACGACAAAGAGAAACUUCUGACGGCGUUUUUCGAGGAGCUACAAAGCAGAGAAUCUGAAUUUGGAAUCUCGGAUAUCCAGCUCGGGCUUGCCACUCUUGAAGAGGUGUUUCUCAACAUAGCAAGACGGGCAGAACUAGAAAGUGCAACCGCAGAAGGAACCAUGGUCACUCUGGAGUUAGAGUCAGGCAUUUCACUAGAGAUACCAGUUGGAGCAAGAUUUGUAGGGAUCCCUGAGACAGAAAACGCAGAAAACCCAAGUGGAGUAAUGGUGGAAGUGUACUGGCAACAAGACGGGUCUGGAUCGAUGUGCAUCUCGGGACACUCGUCGGAGAUGCGUGUCCCACAGAAUGUUCCAAUGACACGUCCACCAUCACCAAAUGCACUUGGACAUAAAGGGCUACGACAAGCUACUCGGGGUAUCGUCAUCGAUUUAUGA